AUGUAUCUCUCGAAUAAUAGGUUUUCAGGACCUUUGUCUUCCUUAUGUGCAACGCAGUCUCCAUCUUUAAGGUCUGUUGACAUUUCUGAGAACCUAUUGUCUGGGGAGCUUCCUAAUUGUUGGAUGCAAUUUCAAGAAUUGCAAGUGUUGAAUUUGGGAAAGAAUAAAUUAUCUGGAAAAAUACCAAGCUCGUUAGGCAAUCUACAGGGAAUUGUGAUAUUGCGUUUACAUGAUAACAACUUUUCAGGAGAAUUGCCUUCUUUAGAGAACUGUACCAGAUUAUCGAUAGUUGACCUUGGCAACAAUAACUUGUCGGGAAAGAUACCAACAUGGAUUGGCCAAAGCCUACCAAAGUUGGUGAUUCUACGCUUACGGUCCAAUGAGUUCAAUGAAAUCAUACCCUUCUCCUUGUGCACUCUAGCUGUCAUUCAUGUAUUGGACCUCUCUCACAACAACAUUUCCGGAGGCUUGCCGCAUUGCUUCAAUAACAUCAGCCAAAGCGCUAAUAAUCAUCAUAUCCAUUACCCUUCGUUCACUAGUGUGUUAGUUAAUUCAGAACUCGUGUGGAAGGGAAUAGAAAGAGAGUUUGGGAAAAAUCUUGAUGGUAUGAGAAGCAUUGACAUGUCAAGCAACUGUUUGAUGGGGGAAAUUCCGCAAAGUAUAACAAAUAUGACAGAGUUGAAAUCACUGAAUCUGUCAAGAAACUAUUUGACAGGAAAGCUUCCCGAAAACUUUGGUAACAUGAAGAUGUUGGAAUCUCUUGAUUUGUCAAGAAACCAGAUAUCUGGUAAAAUUCCUACAAGUUUAAUUUGCGAGCUUAAACUUUCUUAG